ACAAGUAUACAAGUACGUAAUUUUUUUACAAUCAAGUACGUAAAUGCCGUAUUGGACAACAAUAAUUCAUUAAUUUGUCAUUUCCGGUAGCAACAAUUGUAUGAAUAUUCCCUCUAUUUUCAAUAUCAUAAUAACGUAAAAUUGUCGUCACCAUUUCAAUUUUCAUUUCUUUCUCAACUGCUUUCCCUAACAUCCAAUUUUUCUCUCUCUUCCUCUUUCUCUUUCUUAAGAAUCUCGAAUCAGAAACCCUAAUUCUUCAAAGAAUAGGAGAAUCCACAAACCCUAACAAUCAUAUAAUGGGCGAUUCUCACUCUAAUCGUCGCAUUUCUGUUCAUCAAACUCUCGGCUCUGGUUAUGUUGCAGACGUGCUAUUAUGGAGAAAACGUUUCGGAAGUAUUUUGUUGCUAGUCUCAUCAACAUCAUUAUGGCUUCUCUUUGAACGUGCUGGUUAUAAUCCUUUAACUUUCGUCGCUAAUGUGCUUUUGCUUCUUGUUGCUAUCCUCUUUUUCUGGGCGAAAUCUGCUUCUCUUCUCAAUAGACCUCUUCCACCUGUCCCUGAUUUGGAAGUAUCGGAUAAGUCGAUCGAGCAGGCCGCUGAUGUGAUUCGAGUUUGGCUUAAUCGUGCAUUGGCUGUUGCUCAUGAGAUUGCUGUUUGUGGGAAUUUGAGGGUUCUUCUUCAGGUUUUGUGUCUUAAUUGGUGGAAAAUUGUGUUUUCUGUUUGCAAUUUGUUCAUAAUUAGUCAUAGUAAUUCUGAAUUUUGCGUUCAGGUUGCGGUAUUGUUGUGGUUGAUUUCAUACAUUGGUAGUUUGUGCAAUUUCGUCACAUUUGUCUAUAUUGGAUUCCUUCUUGCUCUAUCGGUGCCAAUGUUGUAUGAAAAAUACCAGAGGCAGGUUGAUGAGAAGAUGAAUGUAGCAUGUAGACUACUCGAUGCUGGUUACAGAAAGGUUGAUGCAACUGUUUUAAGAAAGAUCCCAGUGUCAUUGUACAAGAAAAAGAAGAAGACUCAGUAGGCUGAAGUGAUAAAUUCAAGAGGAUGUUCGAGCUGUGCAUACUACACUUGUCUAGUAACACAAUGUCCUAGAUUGACGUUCACAUUGGUCGUAGCUGGGAUUUGGUUUGAGUGACUUGACUUUUUCUUUACAAGGUUUUAAGAAAUGGGUAAAUUUUGUAGUUGGAUAUCGAUUGGCUUUACGGCGUUUCUUCCAGAACUGAGAAAGAGUGUAAGAUAUGUUCUAGGUGGUGAAUUGGAGAUCAUCACUUUUUCUGAUGGAGAAAUUGGCAUACAUUAGUGUAAAAUCAUCAGCCUUAGGUUUCCUUUGUAUUUUUUCAGUGAUCAAGACUCUACAUGAAGCUGGAUAUUGUUGAGCUCUUUUCUUGGUGAAAAUAUAGAUUAAUAGCUGAAAAUGUGUGCUAAAAAAUUUUUUUGAUGGAAAUUUGUGCCCAUGUAAUUUUAGCAAGCUAUAGUAGGACUUAAUGAUACCUUUCCACA